AUGGCGCUCAGGGAUGGAGUGGGACAGGGAGUAGGAAGUGGUAGCAAACAAUCUCUGGCUAACUAUCUAACGGAUGAUAAGCUCGGUUUGAUUGUGUUUGACCUAAUUUUUGCCGGAAUCGAUACAUCCUAUACAACAUUUUUAUGGCUACUAUUGUUUUUAUCCAGUGAUCUAAUGGUGCAAAAAAAAUUACGAAAUGAAAUUUCCGAUAAAAUCGGUGACCGAUUGCCAACACUUGACGAUAGACAUCGAUGUCAUUAUGUAAUGGCAUUCAUAUCGGAAACAUUAAGAUUCAGAAAUGUUGUUCCCGUAGCCGUACCUCAUAAUGCUAUAGUCGACAGUAAAAUAGGUGAUUAUAAGAUACCGAAAAAUAUGUCAGUUUGUGUCUAUCAGGGAUUUAUUAUGAGAAACGACAGCAACAAGUAUUGGACAAAUCCUAACGACUUUAAACCCGAGCGCUUCCUCGACAGUGACAACCAUUAUAUGAGACCAACCAGUCGUUCGCAACCGGCUUUCAUACCCUUUGGUAUCGGACGUCGUGUAUGUAUAGGCGAAAAGUUGGCCAUCGCUGACCUGUUCCUAGUUUUGACCCGAUUUCUACAGUCGACACAAAACUAUGACAUAGUUUUGGACAGUCAUCAGGGUUUGGAUGCCGAUCCUAAUAAUACCGAUUCAAUUAGUCCCAUCAAUCAUUAA